CUUCCGUCCGCCACCUCGCGCUUCUCACAACUUGACUCUACAGCGCGUGUCUUCCUGGUUUUUAACUCACUAGAGCCGUUUUUUCUGCCAACUGCUAAACACAUCAAAAACUUCAGCUGGUCCAAAUUCAUCCAUCUUAUUCCAGAAAAGUGUUUUUAGUCUUUAGUUUUGUCCCAAACGAUCGUUAAACGCUCGAUUCUGAUGCGUGGAGACUUUGACGUCCAUCCUGUGCGUGGAUUCAACAUCCAUCAGUGAGAAGCGUCCAACAUGAGACAGGAGCUCGGCUUUUUGGCCGUUUUCUUGGUUUUAGGUGAAGCCGCCAUUUCUCCAGAUGCAGACACAGAAGAGUUCACUUCUGUCCGGUCAAUGCUGGACGACUUCGACGUGCUGCCUCUGUCCAGCCUGCAGACUCACUCCGUCCGCCGCCGAGAUGUCCAGACUCAGACUCACGUGGAGAAGAUGGUCAGCUUCAGCGCCCUGCAGAGGCAGUUCCGACUGUACCUGAGGACCAAUGACAAGCUGUUCGCACAGGACUUCAGGGCCGUGGUCCGAGACGAGCACGGCAGGGAGCGGAGCUACCCGGUCAACAGACACAACUACUUCAUUGGACACGUCAUUGGGGAGGAAAACUCCCGUGUUCAGGCUCAUAUAGACGAGCACGAGUUCUCCGCUCACAUCCUGACGGACGAGGCAGAGUACAACAUCGAGCCUCUGUGGAGGUUCACGUUGGCGCCCCCUGAUGGUCGCCUGCUGAUUUACCGCUCAGAGGACAUCAGGAACGUCAGCCGCCUGCACCAGCCCUCAGUUUGUGGUUACGUGACCUCUGACCCCCAUCACCUCCUCCCUGACAGCAUUCAGGCAGCCACGUUAGAGGAUGAGGAGGAAGACCAGUCUGUGUUCAGGGGGAAGCGCCAGGUCCACGAUCACAGGAAGAACACCUGUCCUCUGCUGCUGGUGGCCGACCAUCGUUUCUUCAAACACAUGGGCCGUGAGGAGGAGAGCACCACCCUCAACUACCUGAUUGAGCUGAUUGAUCGUGUGGACGACAUCUACAGAAACACAUCAUGGGACGAUGAGUUCAUGGGUUACGGUGUCCAGAUCCAGCAGAUCAUCAUAGAGAAGAGUCCGACCCCAGUAGCUCCUGGAAAAAGUCACUUCAACAUGAGAGGAAGUCCAGUGGAGGGCAGAGACGUCUGGGACGUCAAGAAACUGCUGGAGCAGUUCAGUGUGGACAUCGCAGGGAAGGCUUCCAACGUCUGCCUGGCUCACCUCUUCACCUACCAGGACUUUGAUGAGGGCACUCUGGGUCUAGCCUACGUCGCCCCGUCUAAACCCGACAUCCCCGGAGGUCUCUGCUCCAAAGAGUGUCCUACAUCUACAAACGAACAGAGAGUGAUCUACCUCAACACAGGCCUGACCAGCACGAAAAACUACGGGAAGACCAUCCUGACCAAGGAAGCCGACCUGGUGACGACUCACGAGCUCGGGCAUAACUUUGGAGCCGAGCACGACCCUGACAACAUCCAGUACUGCGCCCCCCGAGAGGACCAGGGGGGAAAGUACGUCAUGUAUCCCAUUGCAGUGAGCGGAGACCACAUCAACAACAAGCUCUUCUCUAACUGCAGUAAGCGCUCCAUAGUGAAGCGCCUGAGGUCGAAGGCCCCCACCUGCUUCAAGGAGAGGAACAUCAACGUGUGUGGAAACUCUCGGGUGGAACAGGGCGAGGAGUGUGAUCCUGGCCUGCUGCACAUCAACUCGGACAGCUGCUGCACCGCUGGCUGCAAGCUGCGGCCUAGAGCUCAGUGCAGCGACAGGAACAGCGCAUGCUGUAAAAACUGCAGGUUCGAGUCUGAAGGUGAAGUGUGUCAGGAGCCCAUCAACGCCACCUGUAAAGGACGCUCCUACUGCACAGGCAACAGCAGCGAGUGUCCUCCUCCAGAGAACGCCCCAGAUACAACAGGGUGUUUGGACAGCGGCGAGUGUCUGAACGGAGAGUGUGUGCCUUUCUGCCAGGCUGUCCUGAAACUGCAGCCAUGCGCCUGCAACGAAACCAACUCGUCAUGUAACGUGUGCUGUCGGAACGGCAGCGGGGUGUGCGCUCCGUAUCAGGACAAAGCAGGCAACUUCCUGUUCCUGCGUAAAGGCAAACCCUGCACUGUGGGCUUCUGUGACGGAGCCGGGAAGUGCAAUAAGCAGGUGCAGGACGUGGUGGAGCGACUGUGGGACUUCAUCGACAAACUGGACAUCAACACGUUCGGGAAGUUUCUGGCUGACAACAUCGUGGGUUCAGUGGUGGCUUUCUCUCUGCUCCUGUGGGUUCCCUUCAGCAUCCUGGUCCACUGUGUGGACAAGAAGAUGGAUCAACAGUAUGAACAGACCACCAAGUCGCUGUUCUUCCCCAGUAAUGCUGAGCUCCUGAGCAGCCUGGAGUCUGCGUCUGUUCGGAUCUUCAAACCUCCACACUUCCCCACCACCACCACUGCCGCCCACCUGCGUUUCCACCCAUCCGGCCCCCAGCAGACUAGCACCCCCCCAGUCUCCAGCUCUGACCCUAGUUCUGGACCUUGUCACGCCCCCCCUCCUCUGGACAGCCCCCGUAUGGCCACCAUCCAGGAGGACCCCAGCUUUGACUCCCACCUGGACGAGGAGGCUCUGGAGGAGGCGUUUGGGCGGCCGGUGGGGGUGGCUCAGCGCUCCUUUGAGGACCUGACAGGCACGAGGCGCAGCGAGAAGACGAAGCUGUUCCGACUGCAGAGACAACAUCAUAUCAACACCAAGGAGACGCAGUGCUGAGAGGACGGGCUGUAGGGAACCGGCUCCCGUCAGGUACCUCCACCCGGGGUACCUGACGGGAGCUUGGGGGGGGGUCUGGCAGUGGAGGCAUUUAC